UAAAUUAAUUAAAUAACAAAAUUUGAAGUUAUAAAAAUUAUUAAAUACAUAUAUAUUAUGGAUAAUGAAAAUUCCUUAUUAGAGCAUACGUGCAAAUUAAAUUUUACGGAACCAGCUUCGCAUUACCGUUUAACGGGUGUUAUCGGAACCGUAUCAAAAGCUUCUCGCUCUCUAGAAGUGCUCAGGAAAAUGAUCAGAGCCGGAAUGACUAUAGUUCGUUUAAAUUUUUCGCAUGAAACACACGAACUUCACGCAGAAACAAUACGAUUGCUGCAUAAUGUAGAAGAAGAAUGUUCCAAAGAAAUGGGCUACACCAUACAGUUAGCUAUAGCUUUAGAUACAAAGGGUCCAGAAAUUAGAACAGGUUUAUUAGAAGCUGGUCCAAAUGCUCAAGUGGAAUUAAAAGUUAAUGAUAGUGUACGUCUAUCAAUAAAUCGAGAUCUUAUGGAUAAAGGAAAUCGCGAAUGCAUAUACGUGGAUUAUGAAAAAAUUAUCGAUGUAGUCCAACCUGGCAACUUGGUGUACAUUAAUGAUGGAUUAAUAAAGUUAAUCGUUAAAGACGUUGGAGUUGAUUGUGUAACUUGUCAAGUUGAACGUGGUGGUAUGUUGGGAUCCAGAAAAAAGAUCAAUCUUCCCGGUAUAUCUGUUGAUCUCCCGGCUGUAUCUAAAAAAGAUGUCAGUGAUUUGAAAUUUGCUCUUGAACACAAAAUUGAUUUUAUUUUUGCCUCAUCUAUGCGAAAUGCUUCGGCUGUAAAAGAGGUUCGUUCUUUGUUGGGAGAUCAAGGGAAAUGUGUAAAAAUAAUCGCAAAAAUCGAUUGCGAACAGGGCCUACAUAAUGUAGAUGAAAUCCUUUCAGUUGCAGAUGGCAUCCUUUUUGCAAGCGCUGAUAUAGCGAUAGAAAUAAACAUUGCCAAAGUGUUCUUGGCACAAAAGGCAGUAAUAGCGCGUUGCAAUAAAGCAGGAAAACCUAUUAUAUUAGCCACAAAACUCUUGGAAUCUAUGCGAUACUCAAUCUUUCCCACUAAAGCAGAAGUCUCCGAUUUGGGAAAUGCUAUUUUAGACGGUGUAGACUGCGUUUUGCUUUCAAGCGAAACUGCCAUAGGACAAUUUCCCUCAGAAUCUAUGGCAUAUAUGUGUGCUAUUUGUCGGGAAGCUGAACUUGCUCUAUGGAAUAGACAUAUGUUUGAGGAUAUUUUGCUUAAAAAUCCGACAAUUUUAGAUGCGGCACAUUCUAUAGCUAUAGCAGCAGUCGAUGCUGCAAAAAAGUCCUCAGCCUCUGCUAUUGUAGUUUUGACUGCAUCAGGAAAAUCGUCAUACUUAUUAGCUAAAUAUCGACCAAGAUGUCCAAUAUUAGCUGUGACGAAAUGUCCAAGAACUUUUAGGCAAUCUCACCUUUAUCAUGGCGUUAUUCCAGUAAUGUAUACAGAAUCUUCCUGCGAGCCAACCGAUGAACAGAUCUUUUUGCGCUGUUGGUAGUACUUACUGCGCUCUUGACGUAUACUAAGGUUUUGACGCGCUGCCCCUUCACCCUUAUUCACUAAUAUUUCCAGAUUACGUGCAUGUUUACUGGUCCUUUCAUGUCUCUGUAAAUGACAUCUAUUGCAGUCCAGUCGACAUUGACAUGCUCGACAAAAUGGUUUAUUUGGGUCGUCUUCGCAACGUGACAGCCAUGGCGAGAAUAUGCUCAACCAUUUCUCACAAAACUUUUGCGAAUACUUCACCUUACUCGAUGAAGUAUUGUGAUGAUCUUUAACGGUUCCCGGUUCAGUUUUCAAUUUUGUUACUUUCCUAAACACAAAAAGAUUUGUGACAAAAUAGUAGGUUUUUCUUAUUUAACAAAAGUAGUAGAAUAUUAAUGGCCGAAUGCAAUGCUGUUUGUUGCUAUUCGCAUUGGCCGCGCCAUUUAUAGCUACUCAAUAAACUUACCAUUCUGGAUCAUGA